AAUCUUAUGAAUGGGUGGAAUCUAAGAUGGUUUUUCGAACGAAUCCUCCGACCCCAUGGCAAUCUGUUUCGGCGGAGGGCAUGGCCGAAGGAGUUCAGCCUUUCAAUGGUUUUAGUUUGGAGCAUGUAAAGGGAACAAAAGAAGGAGGUAGCAUCUUUGAUAUUCAUGGAAGAAUACAUACCUCUGUUGAUUUAUUAGCGGCCGGGAAUUUGAAGAGAAUCACUGUUCUUUUGAAUGCAACAGUCCAAAAUGUAAUCUUCCAUGAUGGAGGUUGGGUGAUCGUUGCCCUCUAUCUGUUGGGCACAAAUGCAGUUGGGUCAUGGCCGAAAAAUCAUGGCAAUUGAAUAAUCCUGAACACUGAUUAUAGAAUUACUAUUUUUUCCAGUUCAGAGUAGGAUGUGCACAAUCCUUGCUUAAACCAUCUAUUUGAAUGCUUCGAUCA